CGGCCCAGACGGUGGGCGGAGCGCGGGCGGGGUGACAAAUGUUAUCUUGUUGGUUGUUUAUUUCGAGGAAAAAUGGCGGCUUCUUCCACAGUCGAAGGCGAGUUUCGGCCCCUCCUUGAGUCUGUUUGCAAGGAUUUUGGUCGGCCUUGGCCUCUGAAGCCACUUCAGGAGAAGGCGGUGACGUACUUUGUCCAGAGGAGAAAGGACAUUUUUGCCUGCUUGCCCACUGGCUACGGCAAGACGGAACUUUACACGCUGGUCCCUCUUGUCAUGGAAAGAUUGCUGGGGAAACACUGUGUGAUGCUGGUAGUGUCUCCGUUGCUGUCGCUAAUGCAGGAUCAAGUACAACGCCUGCAGCAGGGAGGGAUCAAAGCUGCCUAUGUCGGCGAGACGCAGGAAGAUGCUGAUAUCAAGAGAGGAGUAAUUGAGGGGAAAUAUAGCCUGGUUUUCGUAUCGCCAGAGGCGAUUCUGAACUCUAAAAGUUGGAGAGGGAUGUUGACAAACAAGACUUACCGCGAACAUCUUGUUGGUGUUGCCGUCGACGAGGCUCACUGCAUAACGUCUUGGGGUGGAGAGUUCAGGAAGGAUUACAAGCGAUUGGCAGAACUGAGAUCCUUGCUUGGUGAUGUACCGUUCAUGACUCUCACAGCUACAGCUACUGAGGAAAUAAGGAAGGACAUUCUGUCAUCAUUGUGUAUGGAUUUGGACACUUUCACUGUUUCAGUACCAUCAAAUCGACCUAACAUUAUGUAUCAUGCAGUACCUUCAAGUCAUGACAGUCGCAAGGAGUUCGGAUGGUUGGUUGAAGAACUUAAAAGUAAGGGACAGUCUUGUAGAAAAUACAUCAUAUACUGCCGUAGCAUUAAAAGCUGCUCUCAGUUGUAUGACAUGUUCAUGACUUCUUUGGGUGAUGAUGCAUAUAAUCUGGUAUGUAAUAUGAUGACAAAGUCCUACAGGAAUAGAAGAGUAGCAAUAAACACUGAUAGUAUGGUAAGAGUUACAAUUGCAACUGUAGCAUUUGGGAUGGGUAUAGAUGUUCCAGAUGUUCUCGCAGUGAUUCACUGGGGUGCCCCAAGACAUGUUGAAGGUUUCUACCAAGAAAGUGGGAGGGGGGGAAGGGAUGGUAGACCUUCACAUUCCCUGAUUCUGCACCAGAGUAGAACACUUGCCAAGGGAUCAUGUUCACAGUCAAUGUCAGGCUAUUGCAAACUGGCAAGUGGGAGUUGUCGUAGGAAGUAUUUACUAGAUUAUUUCAAGCUCAAAAGUUCUGAUACACAUUCUUCUGUGGAGGUAUCUGAUAAGGACACAUGCUGUGACCUAUGUGUAGAAUGUGGGGAUUCUUUUCCCUGGAACAAACAUGAAGGUCUGUCAUCAGUUCCUGAACUUUCUGAUGAGGAACUAUUAAAAGUGUCUAGCUAUCGUCAGCCCACAGAAGAACAGCUACACAUGUUGAAAGAAUCUCUGAUCGACUACAGAAAUGAUCUCUUGGAUGAAAUGAAACCCUCACUGUACAAUUUUGACAUCACCAUAGGUUUAAGUCUUUCCACUAUAGACAAUAUUGUUGACAGCUGUGCCACCUUGGUAGCUAGGGACGACAUCAUAACUAACAUUGGUUUGUGGGACGAGGAAGUGGUUGACAUGGUAUUCACAAUCUUAGAAGAGUCAUUCCAGUAAGACUUGAAAUCUGUGAUUUGUCAGUUCUCUACUGUUAACUAACUGUUAACAAAGCCAAGAGAGAAACUGUUAAAACACAAUAUAUUCUACAAUGCUACUAUUGAUAUUACUCAUCUUCAGUUCUUAUAUUGUACAGUACCGGCAAUAUUUCAAAGAAUUAUUCAGUUUUUAUGACAACCUUAUGGUAAAAAAAUUAUGCUUAAGUUACAAUUAACUGUGCAGAAUUACUACCUAUUACUACCUAAGUCUACAGCAGCAACAAAAGUUUGUA